AAGAAAUGUCAAAAUGAGAUGGUUUUAGUCGAAAUUGUACAAUUGAUGCAUCUUGCAACAGAGUUACAGUAUGGAAAAAAAGGAUGAAGAAAAGGGAAUGUCGUCAAAUAUUGUACUGGGUUGCCAUGGCAACACCGGUGGUGCUCGACCAAAGGUGGUAAAGCAGCCUGAAAACUCGCAGAGCACAGGAUCUGCCACAGAUGCUCGUCUUAAAGCACAGCAGGUGGCAGAAAAACUGAGGCGAAAAUACUGUCAGUCAGACGAGGACACAAAGCCACGUCAGAGAGAGACUAAACCCCCACGGAGCCCCGUCCUAUGUGCUCGACGACGUCGAGCUCGAGCCAGUGCUCUCCCUUUGUGCCAAUCAUUCCAAUCCCAAGCCCUGGAGCCUGAUCUGUGUAAGGAGAGUGGUGAUAGAGUCUGUGAGUCAGUUUGUCUUCCUGAAGAUAAUGUGAAACCUGAUCCAAGUGAUCUUAGGAAAGGUCAGGGAUGUCAAAGGUCUGACAGGGAAGAGAGUGGUCGUGGAAGGUUGAAUUGCAGUAGUAGAGGUCAUGGAAGGUGUGAUUUGGGUAACAAGGGUCAUGGAAGGUCGGAGUGUGAUAGCAGUGGUGGUCAGAUCUGUCGAAAGAGGAGUAAUUGCACCCGGCAGAAGGGGGUGGGUAAAGGUCGUAGUAAAUUUGACAGGUGGAAGUCAAGGGGAUUAUCUAGCAACUGGACAAUAAGGACUUUGGCAGAUAAAGAAACUACGGGUGAGUGUGGCACGAACUCUAGGACUCUGACACAUCAUGGUAGUACAUUAUGUGGAAGUGACUGUGGUAGCACAAGCGGAACUUGCUUCUCUCAAUUCAACACAACGAAAAACAAUGAUGAAAUUUCAAAACCUGAAGUUAGCAAUGAAUUGGUUGAGUGCUGUGAUAGAAAUGUGUGCGAUUCAGAGAAAAUAUCAAGCCAUAGUGAAGGCAGGGCCAAUGAAGUCUCUGCAGAGAAUGCAGGCUGUAGGACCAACAAUGAACCAGGUCACGGUACAAGCUUUGUCUCACUCCCUUCGAUGACUAGCUCAGGAUCCGAUGCCAUUUUAGCUGACCAAAGCUCUGUGACAGAAACCAGCGAUAGUGCUGUGGAUGGUGUUGAGGGUAACAGCGAUAUCUUGUGGCCAACAGACAGAAGUGCUUUGGGUGCUAAGUCAGCAGAAAGUGUCAGCCAGGACAAGGUAUGUCUCUGUCUGACUCCAAGAAUCUCCAAAACGGGCUGCCCAAGGAAGGCGUGUCAUCAUAGCUGGUGCAUGGCUUGCUGCCUGCCUCUAACACCGUGUCAAUUCUGCAGCGGUAGAACUCUACCAAGUCUUAGGUCAUUGCAUCAGGGACUGGCGUUACGUGCAAUGCGGGAUGGUCAGCCAACCCAUGAUGCUUACGAGACACAGUGUGUGCUUCUGGAUGAUUCUGCAAGUCGCAGUUCUUCCAGGCAACAGAUUGUUAAUUUACCCUUAAGAGCACCAGUGACAUUGGCAAAGCAAAGUUCUUCGGACUCUGAACAGGCUCAGGAUGCUGGUGCUUCACAGAUCAUCUCUGCUACCCAGCCUCCAACGCACAAACACAAACGAAAGCGCCUCACCUAUUCAAAGGAGCGGGAUGUAGCUGGUCCCCUCCUGGAGGAUGAGGACUGUCUGUGUACAGCUGGCCAGAGCCUCAUUACAGAGGGCACCCAAGAUGAUAGUGAUGAGUGGCAGACCUUAUCCAGUGAGGACCAGAGUUGUGUUGGGGAAAACGACGACAGACUAGACUCUCUGCUGAACUCUUUGCUGAUCUCAUUACAUCACUACUCUGACCACGAUCUCUUCAUGGACUACUUGUCACUCAACAUUCCUGCAGAGUACAACUGGAGUGCAGGGGCAGAUAACUCUGUUGUGGAUAAAGAAGAUAUUGAUUACGGAGAGGAAGGGGAGAUCCGUGAUCUGAUAUCUGACAGCUCAACCCUCCACCAGCGCCUCUCUGAUACUGAAGCAACAGACGGAGAGGAUGGUGGAUUGUCGUCAUUUGUGGAUGACAGUGGUGAGGAGAGUGGAGAUGCUGAUGAUGAGUUUGAGUGCGAUUGCCCUCAUUGUCAGUGUCUCUCUGUGGAUGCUGACCUUGACCUUCAUCACCAUGGAAACAUCAAUGAGGAGAAUGGAGAACAGCUACUUCUGGAGUCCCUGUUGUCCGGACUGAGAGAAGAAAUAGCUGUUUGGGAAAUCACAAACUCUGUUCGCGUUCAACUGCUCACAGCAAUGUUUGAGUUCCUGACCAGUUUCCAUGGUGAUGCGCCCCCGCCUGCCACAGAGGAGGCCAUUGCGUCCAUUCCCAGGCUAGCUGUAGAUGACUCACACAUUGAUCAGGAGCUUUGUUGUGCUGUUUGUCUGAGCCGCUGUGAACUCGGAGAUCAUCUGAGUCGUCUCCCUUGCAGCCAUCUGUUCCACCCGCCCUGCAUCGGGGCAUGGCUGAGCAAGUCUGCAACCUGCCCUGUCUGUCGUCAAGCUCUCUAAACCUGCUAGUCACCCCUGUUGUGUGUUUUUGGACUGAUCCUGCUGUGGAGCAGUGGACUGCGACUAGCAUACAGUAUCUCACUGGCUGUCUCAGG